GUCCAGUACACAACACCGGCUCAUAAGGGCCAAAAUAUCACUAUCAUGCAGGCUCAUCCUGAGACUAGCUACCUUCUUACAGCAGGUGAAGACAAGUCAGUGCUGGUGUGGAGAGUGUUCCCCUACGCUGAGGAGUGCCUGGGUGUGCACCUAAAUGUCUUCUGUGGGCAGCCCCCCCCUGCACAUGGCUCUGCUGGGGCCUCUGCUGGCCCUCACCUUUCAGGAGCCCGAGAGCGCCACCUACAGUCUGGCAUAUUACCACAUGGACAACAAGAGACGCCUGGACCACCCGCCCAAACAGGACCACCUGGGCUGUAUCACGGGUCUCACUGUUAAUAGUCAGCAUCGAGUGUUUGCCUCCUGCAGUGAAGACGGGACUGUACGAAUCUGGAAUGAGGAGAAUCACUUGGUAAGGAUACUGGAACUAUUUACUGAGCUUGAUUGCCUAGCCUUCAUUGGCUAUAAAGAAGACCUGCUGCUGGGCAUCAGAGGAAACCUAUACUAUAUCAGCUUCUCCCAGAUACUGCCCCAAGACCUCCCACUUCAGCCGCUGUGUUGUGAGAGAUUUGAUCCAGUUCCUGAUCUGCCAAUACCCCUCAAGGCUUCAUGUACAAGCAAAAUGCGGUCUGCAUGUUCCAUUCUGCCUGAGCAAGACCAGGAUGUGACAGUAGACCCAGAGCUGGCAGCUCUGCAGGCUCGGAACAGAGAUUUGGAGGCUCUCCAGCAGGGGGAGCUAGAGAUCAGGCGUAAGCCAAAGAAGCGCCCUCGAGCGCUCAGAAAGCGUAUCAGGAAGGAGGCGUUCGACGCCUAUAUGAAACUUAUAUAUAAAGAGCCUGUCAAGAUUGAUGUACCAGAGGUGGACACAUUUGAUCUAAACUUUACCAUGUUUCCCCCAAAACCUUGUGAAGAACGUCCUGGAACCCCACCGACCUUCAAUGAGGGUUUCUUUUCGAACCAGGCCAAGAAGGCAGCUAACAAUGCUGCCCAACCAGACCAGGAAAGACACAAGACCCAGAUAUCUAUCCCCGAACCAUACACAAAUAUGGGCUUCAUUCCAAACUCGGCGCUGAUAGACCAGCUUUGGCCUAGGCCAGAGGGUGAAGAUAUUCUGCCCCCCAGCCCGGAGGAGGCAGAAGAAUGGAAGCUGCAGGAAUGGGACUCUUUUUCCUCCGAGACCAAGUUUUGGGAAUACGACGAGACCGAGGGAGAGGAGUCUGAUGAAGAGGAGCGGGUGCUGUUCCUGCACUCCCCCAAGCCAGAGAUCACAGUGAGCCCUCUGAAACCACCAACACCUCCUCCGGUAGUGGAAGAGUCAUCAGCCAUCGUAGAAAAAAACCCUAAGACGCGGCAGACUCUGCCUCCUGUGAAAGACAUCAAGCCUCGACCACGAAAAGUUACUACUCCCCGGGCACCAAGUCCACCACCUGCGCGGACUCCCUCGCCAACUCUCCCCGAGUUCCUUGUGCAGUUCCUUGAAGAAGUCUGGUUCAAGGACAUCUUUCCAGACGUCAAGCGUAUUCCUGCAUCACUACAUCCCGAUGACUUUGUCAAGCAGCUGUUGGAGUUCAUGAAGGGAGCUGACACCUCUGUUAAGAUGCACCUCAUGACUGCACUGCUGACUCUGUCCCAGCAGGGGGUGCUGAAGGACUCUGGUCUCGUCUCCAGAGGUUUGGUGGCCUGUCUGAGCCACUGCAUCACACCUAACAUGACGGAGGCAGAGCUUUGCUUUGCCCAUGAGAUGCUGAACAUGCUGGUGUGUCUGUGUGCUAAUGACAGUGCUUUCAUGGUAGAGCUUCUCGUCCUUAUGGCUCACAAGCAGUUGGACUUCCAGAAGACUAUAUUGUCCCUGCUGCAGAAGAUGGGACUUAAGGAAGAUGAAACAAAACUGAUGGAGGAGCUUAAUUCCUGGCAGAAAACAGUCCAGGGCCAGUCGGACAUUUGGCAAGGGCUGAGAAAAAAAGCUGACAUCUGGCUCAACAUCUGGACUGUCAAAUAUAAGGAGCAGAACAGGGCCUUACUUCUACUGAGUUCUGGCAUGAUGCGGGGUAUCCCACCGGUGGACGUGCUCAAUUACUUCUGCUCGCUGCCAGAGAUCACAGAGUCAGUGUCUUCACAUGUGAAGCAGGGCAGGGAUAAGGAUGCUGUGAUGUUGCCUCGUUUGGCGCCCAUGUCCAAGCCGAUAUAUCGACUCGGAGAGACGUAUAGCAUGUCCAGGACACGCGAGUCACGAGGCAUAGUGCUCCCUCCACUGACCCACCGACCCCUACUGCUCGGCUUCACGCGCUUCCUAAAACUGCCCCUGGCUCAAGUCCUGCUGGACCCAUUCCCCUACGCGCCGGACCCUCACUGCCUGAAGCCGUCGCCCCGGCGCUUCUUCAUGGUGGAGCAGUCGUACGUCAGCUACUACAGAUAACGCCCAGUGGCGUCUAUGUGACGACAGACGGGAGAAGUUCCUGGACGACGAUGGCAGGUUCAACCUUGUGGACGUUGUUGAGUAGGACAAGCAGACAGCAGCACUCAAUGAUCUAUCGUCUGAAGAAAAUCUUAUGAUGCUUUGAAUCAACCCUUUUGUAAUUGAUUCAUUUAAAAAUGUGUUACUAAAGAACUAUAUUACUCAAUAACUUGAAUCAAAGUGCACAAUUAGGAAUAUAAACCUUUUUUUAUUUGCAUUGAUGUAACACAAUGGUAAAAGCAAUUGCUGGUUAUUUUAGAGGCCAAAGGUAAUGCCCUGGCUAUAGGAUUGGGCUGUAGAAUUGGAGGUUUGAGGGUUAAGGGCUUACUUGGAAGUUAGUUUGUCACAGAGUUCUUCUUAACUUGAUGUCAGCUAC